UACGUGGCGGUGGUGGUGACCUUCAAGCUGUUCCGUACGUCCAUCACGGUGAGGGAGGAGCCCAACGUACCAGAGAUCCUGAAGAUUCAGAUGAUCGACCUCAGCACCACCGUCUCCCAGAGACCCGGGGCUCAGGCCAUCAAGGUGGAGGCAGCAUUAGAGCACUGGUACGUAACAGGGUUGGAACAGCAGGGAGCUGUCCCCUCUCUCAUAGCGUCAGUAGGGGUCCCACCUCCUCUCUGCUCUCCAUCCUGUUUGAAGUCAACCCAGAGAACAGUGUUGCAGAGCAGCUGCUCCAGUCCAACUCCCAGCCUGUAGAGGUCAUCUAUGAC